GCCCCGAUGAUUGUGAGUUGUUGAAGCCCACUCAACAUAUUUUCUCGCCGAUUUUUAUAUUCCAGCCCCAGAUUUGGUGAGCGACUUAUCUAUCACGCUCACCCACAUAUGGCUACAGCGAGCACCGUUGUGAAGGUGCGGUAACUGUCGGAACACCGCUUUCGCCAUUUGCCCCAUCAUGGAGCUGGUACAGAAAGAGCACGAUCGGCUCACACGAAAAAUCACAGCCUCUCAAGGUCUUAAGUCGGUGCAAUCAACUAUAGACUUACUUCAGUCAGCACGAAAUGCAAUUGCUGCAGAUCCAAGUCAAGCUGCCAUCACACUAGCAAAACUCCAGAACCCCGUCAAGUCCUCAUUCGAUUCCAUAAACGAUAGUCUCAAAGAGACGCACAGCGGUCUAAACAAAUACUCAAAAUCUUUAGAUAAGCUCUUCAAAGACAGGCCUUUGCCGAGCACUGAACAUGACGUCCUUUCAUCCCAAGAACACCUUAUCAACAGAGCCAUCGCCAUGCACCUCCUGCGGGAAGGACAGUUUUCCGUUGCGGCGACAUUCUUGUCCGAGAUGGCAGAAAAGAAGGCGAUGAAGAAGCAGCAGGAGGCAGGUCUAAGCGCUACGGAUAGUGCGGCUUCGCUCUUAGAUCUCGAUGAAGUUCCUUCGGGCGAGGUGCGGAAGCAGUUCGCCACCAUGUACUAUAUCCUUCACGAGUUAAAAGAAAACAACAACCUGCUGCCGGCGAUACAGUGGUCGAGAGACAACAAGGAAGCCUUGGAGGCAAGAGGUAGUAAUCUUGAAUUUGAACUGUGCAGACUGCAAUUCGUCUGGCUUUUUCAUGGUGGGCAGCAUCAGCAAGGACCGAGUCCUGGCGGGCGACAGGCAGCUUUGGGGUACGCCAGGAGCGAGUUCCAUUCAUUCUUGCCCAGAUACCUGCGUGAGGUCCAGCAGCUCUUGGGUGCAAUGGCUUUUUGUCCCAAUCUGCAAGACUCUCCGUACAGGAACAUCUUCAACAACCCAUCGGCGUGGUCCGAUGUAGCGCACUCAUUUACACGAGAGUUCUGCUCGCUCCUUGGGCUGUCUGCGGAUUCGCCUUUGUAUGUAGCUGCCACCGCUGGCGCUAUAGCGCUUCCGACAUUACUCAAGCUGCAGACUAUCAUGAAGGCCAAGCGGACCGAGUGGACUACGGAGAAUGAGCUACCAGUCGAAAUCCCAUUACCACCAUCGUACCUCUUCCAUUCUAUCUUUGUCUGUCCCGUAUCAAAGGAGCAGACUACAGAUGAGAACCCUCCGAUGAUGAUGCCCUGCGGGCAUGUUAUCGCCGAGGAAUCACUCAAACGGCUGUGCAAGGGUAGCAGGUUCAAGUGCCCUUACUGUCCCAGCGAGAGCCAUCCCCGGGAGGCGCGAAAGGUAUUUCUUUAGUUUGGCCGACACAGGUGCAGGCACAUCUCCACACAACAAUGGGAAUCGGAUACACAAUUUGCAAACGGGUGUUAUGGUACAGGCGCAUCUGGGCUGGGCGGGCACGGGUUCUGGGUUGCACAUGGUUGUACAUACAUGCAACUUUUAUUGUAUUUCCCCCAACGACAUAAUCAUAUCAACAAUUUCUUAUCAC